AUGGCUCAAUCGAAUCAAGCGGCAGAGAAGACCAAGGUCCAAAAGAAGCUAUGUUUUGUCACAAUAGGUGCUACUGCAUCCUUUGAUGCUCUCAUUUCUGCCGUCCUCACCCCGGAGUUCUUCGACGCACUGCGAGAGGCCAACUAUACUCAUCUACUUGUUCAAUAUGGCAAAGAAGGACAACUCAUUUUCAAUAAAUACAUGUCGCAGCGGGCAGAGCAAUUGAGUGCACGGAAUAAUAUUGUUGUACAAGGCUUUGGGUUCAACAAGAACGGUCUCGCGCAAGAGAUGCGCUCGGCCAAGGGAAAUAAGGGCGAGACAGAAGGCGUGGUCAUAAGUCAUGCAGGCUCUGGGUCUAUUCUUGAUGCGUUACGGAUCGCUGUUCCUCUCAUUGUUGUCCCAAACCCUUCGCUACUGAAUAACCAUCAGAUCGAGCUUGCGGAGGAGUUGGCAUCGAUGGGCUACGUGGUACAUGGAAAAUUAGCAAAUCUCCGUGCUGCUAUUACGGAGUCUGAAGAGCUUCGACGGCGACAGAAAGUCUGGCCGCCUGUGAAUAGUGGAGAAGAUCCGUCCGGCCGAGGGAUUGCCGGUGUCAUGGAUGACGAGAUGGGCUUCGUUGAUUGA